AUGAACCCUAAUGCAGCACCAUAUAAGAUUACCUUUGCAAUGGAAAAGAUAAGCAAGGACACUAGCAUUACCAGUAGCAGUCCCCCACAACUCUUCCGAGGUUCGAUGAUCACCGCCGCGGACUAUCUUCGACAACUUCGAAUGAUGGAAGAACGCCAUAACAAACCUGAAGACUAUAGGCCCCAACCCGAUUCGAUAAACCUACCACAGAGUAGUAUAUGUAUUUCAUCGAGCGUAUCGGACUUUCCACAGCGGGACCUGCGAUCGAAAGUGAUUCGCUAUUCUAAAGCCGAACUUUUACAAAUCCAAGAAACCGUCCUGCAUGCCGUCGCGCAUGGCCCCGUCGUUGAUGUUCCGCCAUUCAAAGGCGUGCCCGUCUCGCUUGCAGGGUUAUUGAGGUUACCGUAUGCGCUUGAAUAUAUCGAUAUUGAGGCAUCUGUGGCCCUUGCAAAGAAUACCGGAUUGUGUGCACACCCAACCUCUUGGGGUAUGCCGGGCGUGGAAACCGCGAUCUCGUCGGGAUUCGCUAUUUUUUCUUUCGACGAUAGUCCGAUGGGCGUCGCGGUGGAUCGGGCGCGUGCGGGAAAUACGAAAAAUCUAAACGAACUUAACCGCGGCCCAGGGACGCAUUUAUGCCCUAUUUGCGCACACGCAUGCGGUCCGUGUGCCGUGCUCGACCCUGUCUUUCGGCAAAUCACGCAGCGGCUCCUCCGGACGCGGCUUGGGGCGUGUUUGCUUCAGUCCGACAACGUCGUAUGGGCGCAACUUCAGCUUGCGCUGGUCUUUGAGUCCAAGAAAAGCUCUCUGCGGAUGCGUCUACUGGCCGAGAAACACCCCGCGGUCGUGCGCCGAGUGGGGGAAUAUCUUUACGGCGAGGGCUAUCAUCUGCGGCUGCCUGUCGUGACGGCGCACAACGAAUGGAGGGAACUAACGAAAAUGCUGAAAUUCGACGCGAUUCGCGACAAUCUCACGCGCAUCAAAACGGAUCUGUCUAAACGGUGGCGGCAAUACCAUACGCCAUUUGAGCAAUUCGUGUUUUUUUUCUCUUUUCGCGAUGACAGACCAAAAGGGGUGGUUAAGAAUGUCGUGACGCAGUCUGUGAAGCCCGGUAUGGUGGCGAUACUGACCGGUGACCUUAUGGCUAUGUAUCUUCUACACAAGCUUGGGUUUUUCAUUCCGCCUGAUUAUUACUGGGAAGUAUUUCUCUUCAUGAAGCGUUCUGUAGGAAAGCAUGGAACUCCACAGGACUUGGUGAGGCACUUUGCUCUGCACUUAUCUUCGAAGCAGUGUCCAAAUAUCUUCAAUCCAGUUGAGAAUAUUCGUAUAGGAACCAAAGGGUUUGUAAGUUGA